AUGCCUGGAAUUCUCCCGAUGAAAGUGAUCAAGGUCGGGAACGGCUCUCAGAGUCGUAUCGCCCAGGCCUGUGAUCGUUGCAGAAGCAAGAAAAUCCGUUGCGACGGCGUCCGUCCCUGUUGUACACAAUGCGCCAAUGUCGGCUUCGAAUGCAAGACUAGUGACAAGCUCAGUCGCCGUGCUUUCCCUCGUGGAUAUACCGAGUCGCUGGAGGAAAGAGUGCGCGCCCUGGAGUCCGAAGUUAGGGAUCUCAAGAACCUGUUAGAUGAAAAGGAUGAAAAGAUCGAUGUGCUCUCUCGUAUACACUCUUUCUCUCCUUCCUCGCGUCAGAGACCUAGUGUUGCAGCGCCGUCGCCAUCUGCGCCUGCAAGGUCCAACGCCCCCGAUGCAGACGAGGGUGUAAUCCAGAUUCCACAAUCCUUGCCGCCUACCGAGUCGACCUCGGCUGAUAUUGCAGGAAUCUCCAGUACUCGCGGUUUUGUUGAUGUCUUCACAAAUAAACUCAUAGAUCAAAACCGAUUGCCGUCAAAUGUUGCGAUCAAGUCUUUGGCCGCUCCCCCGGCCAUUUCCCAUUCCCGCGUCGACCAGGCCAUUCGCACUGCGCCCCGGCUCGUAUCCGAUCAGCUCAUCAACAUCUUCUUCCAAGAAUGGGCUCCUCUUUAUCCGGUUGUUCACCGACCCACUAUUCUGAAAGCUUAUGAACAGUACCUUUCAGGCACCGAGUCUAUGCAGGGCAGCAAACACGACUUGGCACAACUGAAUUUGAUCUUCGGCAUUGCCGCCCUUGCUUCAAUGUCGAGAACCAACCAGGACCCCACCUUUUUCGAAGACAAUUGGUCCUCGAUCCUUGAAUCCAUUGCCAGUGAUAUAUCUAUUGCAACAAUGCAAUGCUACGUGCUCGCUCAAAUGUACUGCAUGACGAAGGGCGACUACACGAGCCUCCUACGCUAUCGGGGUCUUGCCGUCAGUCUUAGUCAACAGCUUAGACUGCAUCAAAGCCAGAAACGCUUCUCGUCGAAUGCUCUCAUGGCAGAAACCCGAAAGAAGGUGUUCUGGUGUCAAUAUACUCUCGAUCGAUUCACCGCUGCUUUGACAGGAUUGCCUGUUCUACUACGUGAAGAGGACAUCAAGACCGAGUACCCCGAAGAUAUUGAUGAUGAAAACGUCACGGAAUCGGGCUUCUUGCCCACUCUUCCUGGAGAGUCUACCCGUAUCUCGAGUGCGAUCGCGCUAUUCGCCGGUUCGCGCGUGUUGAACAAGGUUUUGGAGGAUAUCUAUCCCUCUGAGGGAGGGUAUGAUAUCUCUCUGUCGAAGCUACGCUCAGUUGCAGAGCAAUUGGAUGAUUGGGUGAAGGGCUUACCUGCUCACCUCCGCCUUGAGUUUUCUCAGGACAAGCCUAGCACCAAUGUUACUAGUAGCCGAUCGCCCCUUCUGUCCCUCGUCUACUACUUCAUUCGUUCUUUGAUCCACCGUCCCGCGGUCUGCUUCGGCGAGGAGCACGUCCGGUCCCCUUCUAUCCUUACAGUUUCCGACUCAGCCAAGCACAUUAUCCAGAUCCUUCAAUUGCUCGAUGAGAGACGUCUCUGUCUCUCUGUGAGUAUCAAUCGGAAGGAACUGGUUUUCGCUACAGGACUAGGCCUCCUUUGGCAAAGCAUCGGGCUGAAGCGUGACAGCAAGCUCGUCAAGGAGAGCCAAAAGUUGCUUACCGCAGUCAUUGAUCAAUUGGAAUCUGAUUCGUCGUCCUCUGCCGCGGAGUUCAGCGCUUUGGCCAGUGUUUUCGUUUCUUUGAACAAUAGCAGGCAUGUGUCGACUGGCAAGCCGCAGGACAUGUCGCCGCCCUUGCAGAGACCUUUGAAGUCCCCGAAGAAGCACCUUCAGUCGUGGAAGUCGCGUCUGAGUGAAAUGACCGGUUCAAACCACCACGAAACGCCGGAUUCGCCCUCCCGCAGGGCCACUAUCUGCGGAGCGAGUCCCAAUGCCGCCCAACGCCACAUCAGGUCCUCCAGCUGGGCUAGCUUGCCACCGGACAACUUCCACGCGCUAGAUGUAUCUACGAACAAGACAGUCUAUCCUUCGUCUUCCGGCCCGUAUGAUAGCAGUCAUGUGCUUUCGAGCUCCGCACCCUCGGAUCACCCGAGCGGACCCAUCACGGUAUCCGACUGGGAAGUUGUUCUGAGUGACAUGGACCGCGGCUAUUCGAACAUCUUUACCGGGAUCUAUGGGGGAAGGGAGUGUGGUGAAGACAGUGGUCCCUUCGCUUCCCUCACGGCUGAGUUCGCUCACAAGGGGGAUCCCAUGGUGGCACCGUUGUCAGCACCACACGCAGAGCUGCAAGGGUUGUCUCCCGAGGCAUGGUCAGCCAGUAGCAAUAGCGACGUGCCAGCCAACCAGGAUCUACCGGCACAGAGUGUCCUCAGUUACUCCGACGAAGGCAGUGCCGAAGAGGGUGUGCCAUACAACGAUCUGCGGCUGUCACCGGAAGAGCAGGCCAAUUUUCUGGGCUCGUUCCGGAAUGUUAUGAUUCCGGCGGUGGAAGAUGAGGUGGAUGAGUUUGGGCUGAUUAAUGGCUGGGAUCGGCGACUGGCUGUCUGA